UUGCAUGUUCAGAUCAGCAUUUUAGUUGACUGUAAUAUGGUGAUAAUGUCAAAGUGUUCCUCAGCACGGUUUUUGGUGCUGCUGUUUACAUUCAUUGUCUCAUUUGGUUCGCUCGCAUGGGCAGACUUCUAUAGUCACACAUUCGUUAUUCGACCGACAAAUAUUACUCGGCUUUGUGAGAAUUAUACCAUAGUCACAGUGAAUGGACAGCUUCCCGGUCCAACUCUGUAUGCUCGAAAUGGCGACACACUUAAUAUUACAGUUAUUAAUAGAGCUCAGCACAAUGCUACAAUCCACUGGCAUGGAAUCAGACAGAUUCGUACAGCAUGGUCUGAUGGACCUGGGUACAUUACACAAUGCCCUAUCCAACCAGGGGGGAAAUUUACGUACACAUUCACCAUUAUUGAUCAGGAAGGAACGUUCUGGUGGCAUGCCCAUGUGUCAUGGCUCCGUGCAACAGUUCAUGGAGCAAUGGUCAUCCUUCCAAAGAAGGGUAGCUCAUACCCGUUUACCCACCCACAUGCUGAGAUUCCUCUAGUACUCGGGGAGUGGUGGAACAGUGAUCCCAUCGAAGUGGAAGCUGAAGCAAAUCUGACUGGAGGUGCGCCGAAUAUCUCAGAUGCUUUCACCAUAAAUGGACAGCCAGGAGACCUCUAUUCCUGCUCAACAUCAGGAACAACAAAGUUCGCUGUACAACAGGGAAAAACCUAUCUUCUUCGUAUUGUCAAUGCUGCAGUCAAUAAUCACCUCUUUUUCAAGGUUGCAUCACACAAUCUUACAGUGGUAUCCGUGGAUGCCUCCUACACAAAGCCGUACACAACUGACAUUCUCAUGUUAACAUCUGGUCAGACUACAGACGUUCUUCUCACAGCCAAUCAAGUGACAGCCAAAUACUAUAUUGGGGCCAAAGUAUACACUACUCAAGCUGAAGCAAAUAUUGAUAACACCACAACAACCGCCAUUAUGAGCUACGUGGGUUCUAAUGCAUCUGCCACUCCAAUCAUUCCAGAGCUUCCAAUAUACAAUGACACUGAAACUGUGACCACAUUUACCCAAUCCUUACGAAGCCUUGCUUCAGAGGAACAUCCGGUGGACGUUCCCCAAAGCAUAAGCGACAGUAGUAUCAUAACCGUAGGACUCGGUUUACGUCCUUGUGAAACCGGUGGUACCUGUAGUGGCCCUAACAAUACCAGAGUCACAUCCAGUAUGAACAAUGUAUCUUUUGUGCUGCCAGAAGUUGCCAUUCUGCAAGCUUAUCACUUCGGUGUUAAUGGAGUCUUUAGCACCGACUUUCCUUCACAUCCACCAGUUGUGUAUAAUUAUACUGGUGAUGUACCCAAAACGCUGUGGGCUCCAGUUUCUGGAACGAGGGUGAAAGUGAUUGAAUAUAAUGCCACAGUUCAGAUUGUGUUCCAGGGAACCAGUAUCUUCCAGGAAGACAACCAUCCAAUGCAUAUUCAUGGUUAUGACUUUUAUGUUGUAGGAGAGGGUUUUGGAAAUUAUAAUAAUGAUACAGAUCCAAGCUCUUUCAACCUGGUCGAUCCUCCGCAACGAAAUACUGUGGGAACUCCUGUGAAUGGAUGGACUGCUGUCAGAUUCAAAGCUACCAAUCCAGGUGUUUGGUUCGUACAUUGUCACUUUGAUGAUCAUGUAACAUGGGGGUUGAGCAUGGUUUUACUAGUGAAGAACGGUCACAGUGAGCUCGAAAGUUUGAAGGGUCCUCCCAAUGAUCUCCCAGAAUGCUAGUGCAGAUUAUAACAUCAGAGUUUUCAUUCUCGUGUUAAUCACCCUAGCGUGCUCUUGAUUUUAUUUUAGAGACGACGCUUCAAUGAAUUCGUCCAUAAGAUAUAGUGAGUGAUGUACGCUAUUAAAAAGGAAGGAUCCUUAUGUUUUUAGUUCAACUAUAUUACCUCAGGAAGAGUAUUCCAGUGAUAUUACGUCAGCAAGAGUAUUCCAGUGUCAUUAAGUGUAUU